CGCUGCAGGGAGGGGACGCCUCAGAUCGCGUCGAGCCGCCGCGGAGGACGGACGCGUCUAUAAAAUGGUCCUUUGAGCCACAGUGCCUGUGUCGAGACAAUGGUGAAAUACAACGUAUUAUUUGCUGUUAUAAUCGCCAUUUCCCUGGCAGUUGUGUCAUCCCUGCCCAGCCCGACAGCAGCUGAUGAUGAUGAUGACGAGGAUGAGACGACGCAACAGAGCCGCGCCGACGCUGACGAUGACGGCAGGAUCUACAAGAACCCUCGCAACUCACCCUCCGCGCAGUGCCCUCGGGAUGAGGAGCAGGCCACCUUGCUGGGUCAAAAAUGUCUCCGCAAGUGCUCUUCUGACGAAGACUGCAAGAGUAAGAAGAAGAAGUGCCUCUGCGACGGAGCCUGCGGCAUGUCCUGCAUCAAACCAGAUCGCGAGUGCCCUGAACUAACGCAGCCUGAUAACGGACAGGUGACGCUCACGGGAAGGCUUUUCGGCGAUAAAGCGGUGUACUCCUGCCCCCACGGGUACCACGUGGUGGGGCUGCAGAGCCGGAGCUGCCAGGCGGACGGCAAGUGGGCAGGACAGCCGCCAGCGUGCAAGGAGAACAUCUACUGCCUCCAGCCUCCGACUAUUGAACACGCUCGUCACUCGGCCCUCCCCGAACAGGCCACGUUUGACCUCGACGCUACUGUUCAGUACAACUGUCAUACUGGCUACGUCACCAACGGGUUCCCCAGAGCCAAGUGCCUGGCUAUCGAUGGGCAAGCGUCCUGGUAUGGGCCUGAUAUUAGCUGCGAACCUCGAUCCUGCGGCGAGCCCGGCGACGUCCCCCACGGCUGGGUGACAGCCGACUGCCACACCUUCGGCUGCCGAGCUGUGGUCCAAUGCGGGCAAGGGUUCGAGCUCGUGGGCAAGGCAGAACGCUACUGCCAGGCCGACGGCGCAUGGGCACCCAAGGAACUCCCAACCUGCGUCCUGGUAACACAGGUGCAGUGCCCGCCGCCGGAGGCGCCGCGCCACGGCAAGGCGGUGUACACGUCAUGCGCAUACAACUCCGUCGUGUCGUACGAGUGCAAGUACGGCUACCGGCUGGUGGGCGACGCUACGAGGCGCUGCGGCGCCGACAAGAAGUGGUCCGGGACACAGCCUAUGUGUAAAGAAAUCAACUGCGGCCAUCCUGGCCAGCUCUGGAACGGUUGGCUAGAGAACAUAUCGUCUGGCACUGGGCUCGGCGCGUCCAUUAUCUUCCGAUGUCAGGAUGGGAUGAAAAUGGAAGGCAACGGCUCUGCCAUAUGCCAGAGUGAUGGCACUUGGAGUCAUCCCCUACCAAUGUGUUUGGCGCCAUGUGUGGUGCCCCACGUAUCCCAAGGCCGAGUGGUGCUGGUGGAGACCAAACCGGGAGACAACACGACUGAGGAACCCAACACCCAGAUUGUUGGCAGCUCUACCAUGGUGCAGCAUGGUGAAAUAAUAAUGGUGGAUUGUGAGAAGAAUUACGAGUUUCCAUCUAAUAAUGCUGCUGUAACUUGCAAUAAUGGCACUUGGACUCAAAUCCCGAGGUGCCAGCCGGCCAGGUGCAAGAAAAUGCCAAAGUUUCCUCGUAACGGUAUGGUUAUAGCUCCUAAGACUGAGCACGGUAUGAAGGCCAGGUUCCGCUGUAAGGAUGGGUUUGAACUGAAGGGGAACCCCAUCGUGGUGUGUUCGUUUGGCGUGUGGAGUGGCGAGACACCUAAAUGCGACGAAGUGUUCUGUCCCUUCCCGGGGUACAUAGAAAACGGGAAAGUCUUGCUCGUUGGCAACAUGGGCUUGUACGAUUAUCGACCUUAUGUUAAGAAGGUCGUGAAUAAUAAACAAAUUAUGUACGAAUGUGAAAAGGGAUACGUUUUGUCUGAGGGCCCACCAGGAGCUACGUGCGUCGGUGGACAUUGGAGCCCCAGAGAACUACCCAAAUGCACACUUUAUCAACAUCCGCGAAUCCGAUGGAGCCGCAGACGUCGUUCCAUCGCAGAUCCGGAGAUCCGACACCGCAGAUCGACUUAUCUCCGCCAAUACUACAACGGACUCCGUCGUCACACUGAUCCGUCCCAACAAUAUUUAGACCAACUCUACAACAAAUAUAAUCAUGGAACAUCAAAACCUACGCUAAGACAUGCUAACUUUAAGAUCAUGAAGAAAUUUGACUUCGAUGAAGAAGUAGAACCAGCAACCAGUGGGGAAAAUAAUGGGGAAAAUUUCCCAACUGCUGUGUAUACAAUUUAUAAUGUGCAUGGAGAACCAGUCGGACAUAGGUUGUAUUCCUACCAACCCGUGUACGAACCCGAAGAAGACGAUAUAGUUGGGCAUGAGGAGACAUCGGAAUAUGAAGAUUCUGGUGACGGAGAAGAUGAACUAUCUCAUGUUACUGUCCUCAAAGGAGGAAUGUUUCCAGACCACAGUCUUAGCACGGAUAAUAACGCAGAAAACAUUAACAAGUUAAAACAUGAAUACUUCGAAAGAUAUGUCGACAAACGAAGAAAACGAUUCUCAAGUAAAAACUUAGAUGGUUCCCUUAAAGUCCUUAGUUUAGAGUCGGAUGAGGAUAUGAAGAAAGAUGACGAUUCCGAAAUGGAAGAUGAUGAUUUAAAGAAAGAGAUGGAUUUAGAGUUAGAAGGAGAUGAAAGUAAAGUCGAUCUAGUAACGAAAAUACCAUUAGAAACGACAACUAAAGCGAGAAUCAAACGUGGAGUAAAUAACGAAGAAUUCGAUACAAAUAAUUGGACGUUUAAACCAACAGUGGAAAAUCGAGAUUUAAAUAAUGAAAUACAUGAAAAUCUUAAAGUAAUACCUCUUACAACUAAACGUAGUAAAGAAGAUAGUGAAGAAAGCAAAGAAAUGACAGUUAUACCAAUUAAAUCAAUUUAUGAAGGAGAUGUGAAGGAUUAUAACAAGGAAAUGGCAGUGGUACCUUUACAGUACACUAACACAAACUCUACGGAAGUCGAUAAUAUUUUGGACAAACGCGAAAAGAGGACAAGCAGGAAAACUGAUAGACUGAACCAGACAACAGCUACUAUUCCUAAAACAGGCAGAGAAGGUAAAGGUGGAAGACGUCAACAAUCCUCAACUGGAGAUGAUCAAGACACAGACGCCAAGGACUUAGCUGAAGGAUCUAGUCCACAGAAUACCACCGAGAAGGGCAAGAAGGGUCGACCUAAAAGCCCUUGUGAGCCUAUAGAAAGUGAGCCCUACGUUAAUAUCGAAAUUGUCAAGUAUGGACGGGAUCCCAACAAUACUUUUAGUUCAGGAACAAUAGUACGGGUCGCCUGUGGUAAAGGCUACGGCCUCAACUUGGAACCAAAUGCUACCGCCAAAUGUGUAAGGGGGAGAUGGAAACCAGAGAAACCUAAAUGUGAAAUACUACCCUGUCACGUGCCAUCCACUGAGUACGGCAUCUAUACCAUGGCGGCAGACGCUGGUCAUCCGAUGACGGCCAGCCAAGUCCUCGGAUCCAACCUGCAGGACGAGAAGGAGCUGAACGAGACCGACCCCGUGCCCAACGGACAGGUGGUCCACUUCUCCUGUGAAUAUGGUUACAACGUGCAAGGACCGACCAAUUUACGCUGCUGGCUUGGAGAGUGGGCAGUCACAAGCAUGCCUGAAUGUGUGGCGGCACCUUGCGAACUUCCACUGCUUCACGGCGCUACCUACGAGGCUGGUUACCGCGCAGGGCUGACGGUAGCACACGCGUCUUCGGUCAACAUAGCCUGUGAUAUGGGGAGAUCACCGCCAGCCACUUUGAACUGCCACCUAGGAAGACUGCAGCCAACCGUCCAUGAUUUCUGUAGACCAUUAGCAAACCUUUCCCGUCCUCGACCAACUUCAGAAUUCCAAAGCGGGUCAGACAUCGUUCGUGAGGACAUCUCUGAACUGGAGCCAGAUAUAGACGGCAGCACCAGCACCGACUGCGGACCACCUGCGAGGGUCCAGGGUACGCUGAUAUACCGGGACGGGGCUGAAGUGAACAGCUCCCUAGGGGUCGAAGGCUACCCUCAUGGCACGGAGAUCACGUUCCGAUGCAUAGCCUCCAUUAUGGGAGAGAAGACGACUUGGAAACUGAUCUGCGAGCAAGGGAACUGGGUUGGCAAGAGUUUUAACUGCGAAGAAUUAGAAGCCCAAAACGAAGAGUUGAUGAACAAUAACAGCUGUACCUUCGAGAAUGACGAGCCAAACGUCGUGGCGUUUCAUAAUGAUAUGCAGAUCACAGAGGUCGUCGACUUUCCCGCUGGAGCUAUGAUCACGUCGAGAUGUAGUGACAUCGGUAAAUAUGCAAUGAUAGGAUCACAGACUCGAAAGUGUAUCGGUGGCUCCUGGGACGGAGUCAAACCUUCAUGCUUUGGCCUCAAUCAGCAGAACGACUAUGCUAUGGAAAAGCCGCCAACCAUAUUAUUCAGGCACUCGCAGGGUCCGAUCGCGCAGACGAAUGAUGGUAAGCUGUUGGUGUACCCCGGGACUGUGCUUCAUAUGGAGUGCUUGUGGAUGAGGAGGUUCGGGAACCCCAAGUGGAACGUCACACAUAACGACCCUGAAUCGGAUCGAAAGUACCCUGAAGGCUGGACGACGGACCCUGGACGAGACAGCGCGCUGGAGUUCCGGCUCAGCAUCAUUAACGCCAUCAAGGAAGACUCCGGUAUAUACCGGUGCGAGACGCCGGCCAGGCAGAGCCAUCAGGUCGAAAUUAUUGUGGAAGACGUCCACUGCCCUCCUCUACCAAUACGUCGUGGCUUGGUGGCGAGCGGUCUGGGCACUCGGCUGGGCACAGAGAUCCGCUUCCACUGCGCCAACGGCAACGCGCUGCUCGGUGCGCACACGCUGUUCUGCAGGGCGUCAGGCAACUGGAGCGCGCCGCUGCCGGUCUGUGAAAGUGUCGAAUGCGGCGAGGUGAUCCACGACACAGCACUAGGCGAGGGUGAGCGUCGCCCACGCGUGGCCGUGGUGUCGCGGGGCGUGGGCGGCCGCGCAGCAUUCUCGUGCGCGCCGGGCUGGGCGCUACGCGGGGCGCCCGAGACCGUGUGCCUGCCCGCCGCCGAGUGGGCCAAGCCUUUCCCCGUCUGUAGAGAGGUGUCGUGUCCGGCGCUGCCGCCGCCCGCGUCAGGCUACGUGCUGGGCCGCGCGCCGUACCGCGCGGGCGACGUGCUGCAGUUCCACUGCAACCCCGAGCACACGCUGCACGGCCGCCCCAUACUCGUGUGCCAGGACAGCGGCCGCUGGAGCGACAAACCUCCCACUUGUGCUCAAGCGUGCACGUACCCUGGCACCACAAUAUCGGGGAGGAUGUCGUCCGUGAAGUUCUACUACAAGAUCGGGGAGACCAUCACGUUCACCUGCGAGCCAGGGUACCGGCUGAAGGGAGCUCCUAUGCUCCGGUGCCUGAAAAACAGAAAAUGGUCGAACGCCAUUCCCCUGUGCACGCCGGUUACAAACUACACGUCGUCUGACACGGUCGCCAUGUUGAACGGCGACAUCGACGCCAUGUUGUCAGACCAGCCGUCAGACUUCCUACGCACGCGCGAGACGCCCGCCAUCUUGUCUCCUGAGAGCUACAAGGUAGCUGUCACCAGGGCCGCCGUGUCACGUCUACUGCGAAGAGGACCCAUCGAAAAUUAUAGAAAUAGGGUUUAUCGAGUAAAUCGGUUGCUAAGGAGAGACACUGAAAGAUAAUUUUUGGGUAUUUUUCGGUUUUUUGUGUGCGGUAAUCUUUUGGGAGGGGAGAAUGGGUGUCUGGAGGUGAUAUGAUUUUAGUUCUAAUUUGAGGUGUAUGGGAGAGGAUGUUAGGCCAUUGUUGUAUGUUUGUUUAUACUUAUUUUAGAAGUUUUAUGGUAAAAGAGAACUUCAAGUUUGUCAAGUAUUAUUAAAAGUUUUUAAAGAGAAGUGGGUGUAAGAAUUGAUGAGUGAUUAUGAAAAUUUUGGAGCAUUAUCAAGAAUGCGAUCAGUUUUUUUGCUGCGUGAGUUACCAAUUUUAUUGACCUACACAUUACCGCAUGCAAAAAGGUUUUAUUUUACAUGCGAUUAUUAAUAAUUAUGUAUUAUAUUUGUUAUUAACUAAAAGAUGGCCAGAGAAUAUGAAUUGCAGUGGAGACAAGUGACAUUUCUACUUACUUCAACGAUGACAGCAACCACUUAAAUGGUCACGUGACUUAAAGUUUGUCGUCCAUGCAUGUGAGCCAUUCGUCCUCGCCUGUAGAUGUCACUUGUUGAGGAGAUGGUGCGAGUAUGAUUUUGUGUAAAAGAAAAAGAUAAAAUUCGAUCUCAAUUACUAAAAUUAAUUGAU